AUGGGCAGCAGACGAAUUUUUGGUAUGCUUCGAGCUUCUAAGCUUGCCAUCCUUGUGGAUGCCUCUGAUGCUAACCAGGCAAGCUUGCGUAGCCAACAUUUUCGUGAGCACUUGGUUCAGUUUCUUGAUGAGCAGGUUGGAGUUUCCACAGAUAGCUGUGUACAGAGACUGUAUGUAGCCACCUAUGGGACCUGUGUGAAGGCCUUGUGGCCAGAUCCAAUGCAAGUUAGCUGGCGCGCUAUAGAGGAGGCUAAAUACUUUUUUGGCAAUCAAUUAGAGGCUUCUGGUGGGAGCAACUUACUUGCAGGCAUCAAACAUGUGAGAUACAUUCAGUUUUAUUUUGUUUUAUCUUGA